UGCGGGUCAGAGGCGGCGGCAAAAUGGCGGCAUCGGACGGGCGGGAGUUGUCGGCGGAGCAAACUGAGAAGCUCCUUCAAUUCCAGGAUUUGACUGGCAUAGAGUCCAUGGACCAAUGUCGUCAUACACUGGAGCAACACAACUGGAAUAUAGAGGCAGCUGUUCAGGACCGAUUAAAUGAACAAGAGGGAGUCCCAAGUGUCUUCAACCCACCACCUUCUCGGCCCUUGCAGGGUUUAUUAGGUUGGGGUUACUAUUUGAUAAUGCUUCCAUUCCGAUUUACAUAUUACACAUUACUUGAUAUAUUUAGGUUUGCUUUGCGUUUUAUCCGUCCUGAUCCUCGUAGUCGGGUCACUGACCCUGUAGGUGACAUUGUUUCAUUUAUUCAUAUGUUUGAAGAAAAAUAUGGAAGAAUACAUCCUGUCUUCUAUCAGGGAACAUACAGCCAGGCCCUGAAUGAUGCCAAGAGGGAGUUGCGCUUCCUGCUUGUUUACCUGCAUGGUGAUGAUCAUCAAGAUACUGAUGAAUUUUGUCGUAGCACACUCUGUGCGCCAGAAGUAAUUUCCCUCUUAAACACCAGGAUGCUCUUCUGGGCAUGUUCUACCAAUAAACCAGAAGGAUACAGAGUGUCUCAGGCUUUGCGUGAGAACACCUACCCUUUCUUGGCAGUGAUCAUGCUGAAAGAUCGUAGAAUGACUGUGGUUGGAAGGUUAGAAGGACUUAUCCAACCUGAUGACCUCAUUAACCAGUUGACAUUCAUUAUGGAUUCCAAUCAGACGUACCUGGUAUCUGAGCGUCUGGAAAGAGAAGAACGAAACCAAACUCAGGUCCUGAGGCAGCAACAGGAUGAGGCAUAUCUUGCUUCCUUACGGGCAGAUCAGGAGAAAGAACGGAAGAAAAAGGAAGAGCGAGAGAAGAGGAGGAGGAAGGAGGAAGAGGUGCAACAGCAGAAGCUGGCGGAAGAGAGAAGGCAGCAGAAUUUGCAAGAGGAGAAGGAACGGAAAUCUGAAUGCCUUCCCCCCGAGCCACAUCCCGAUGAUCCUGAAAGCGUUAAGAUCAUCUUCAAGAUGCCCAAUGAUUCCAGGGUGGAAAGGAGAUUUCACUUUACACAGUCUUUAACUGUGAUCCAUGAUUUCCUAUUCUCUUUGAAAGAGAGUCCGGAAAAGUUCCAGAUUGAGGCCAAUUUUCCCCGCCGUGUCCUGCCCUGCCUUCCUACAGAGGAAUGGCCUAAUCCGCCCACGCUGCAAGAAGCCGGACUCAGCCACACGGAAGUUCUCUUUGUGCAAGACCUUACGGACGAUUGACAUUUAUCCAAAAUACAGAGAUGGAAAGAGAAUUUCCUAUUAUAAUACAAUAUUUUUUUUAAAGACUGCCGCAUACAAAUGAGGGAUCAGAGACUAUAUGGCCUGGCCAGCCGUGUCAUGUGACUGCACUGGCAGGAGAAACUGCACACUCGCACACACUCAACCCCUUUUACAUUGAGAGGGCAGACGGGAGGAGCCACAACUGGCGUCCCAAGAGAGGGGUCAGAAAUGCAGCUUUUGGUAAAUGCUGCUUUUAUUGGAAACAAUUUACACCAUCAUUUUGACAUUAGAAAAUUUGACGUUCUGCUGCUUUUGACAGCUAAAGAAACGUACGUGUGAGCCAGGUUGAGAUCUGCCCCCCACUGGGGAAAGACAGAUAGAAGGUUAUUUUCUUCCAGCUUCUCACUCUGUAAAAAAUACCUUAAAUAUAUCUUUUGCUUUGUAAUGACCAAAGGAGAAUGGGUUAACAAUGAUUUUUUUUUUCUAAAUAUGGAGCUGUUGAUAUUCUUAACAACAGAGGUUUUUCUUCUCCAGGGUUGUUAGCUGCAUAGUGUAAUAAACUCUGCCUCUAGUGUGCCUGUGCUAACA